AUGGCGUUCAAAAAGUUUGUGCUGUCAAGGCUCUCUGCUCACAUGGUCAAUAGGCACAUGGAAGAAACUGUCAACAACUUUGGAGGCUUCUGCAGAGAGCUCACCAGCAAUGAGCAGCUCUGCUGGAUUUGACCAGUGAGGGGUGCUAUGCGCUUGGCUACAGGUGCUGUCCUGAAGGCUCUGUGGGAUCUGUGGGCCAAGCAAGAGGGAAAGCCUCUGUGGAAGUUACUAGUGGAUACGGAGCCCAAGCAAUUGCUGUCCUGCACAAAGUUCAAGUAUAUUACUGAUGUGCUAACAGAAGCAGCAGCUACAGAAAUACUCCAAAAUGGCCUGCUUGGAAAAAAAGAAAGGGUGAAAAAGCAAAUGUUAAAGCAUGGAUAUCCUGCUUAUACAACAUCCUGUGCCUGGCUAUCCUACUCAGACCAACUGUUAAAACAAUUAUGUACAGAGGUUUUGGAAGAGGGCUGGACAAGGUUCAAAGUAAAGGUGGGUGCAGAUCUGUAGGAUGAUAUUCGUAGAUGCAGAUUUAUUCGAAAAAUGAUUGUCCCUGACAAAACAAUGAUGAUGGAUGCAAACCAAUGAUGGGAAAUAAAGGAAGCAGUAGAGUUAGUCACUGAACUAGCUGAACUUCAACCCUUAUGGAUUGAGAAGCCAACUUCUUCAGAUGGUAUUUUGGGACAUGCAGCCAUUGCAGAGGCCUUAGCACUGCUAGGAAUUGGUGUGACAACAGGAGAAAAUUAUCAAAACAGAGUGAUAUUUAAACAGCUCCUACAAGUUAAGGCCCUGACUUAUCUCCAAAUUGACAGUGGCAGACUGGGAAGUGUGAAUGAAAAGCUGUCUGUGCUGCUGAUGACCAAAAGGCGUUGUUCUGUUUUGUUUUCAGUUCCUGUUUGCCCUCAUGCUGGGGGAACUGCUUGUGAAUUAGUCCAGCACUUGAAAAUUGUUGAUUAUAUCUCAGUAUCUGGAAGGCUUGAAGGUAGGAUGUGUGAAUUUGUAGAUCACUUUCAUAAACACUUCAAAUAUCCUACUGUAAUCAAGAAUUCUUCCUACAUGCCACCUUAG